GCUCAAAUCUUGCAGAUGUCCAACCAUUCAGGGAUUGUCAAACUCAUGGGAAUCUGCAUGAACAUUCCGGAUUUGUAUCUAGUGACAGAGUUGGUUGUCGGUGGAUCGUUGGAGGACUUGCUACACGUCGAGAAGCGAAGGCUGUCUGGGACUGAAAUCCUGAGCAUCAGCAUGCAGAUCUCUGACGCCAUGCAAUUCCUGCACAUGGCGAACAUAGUCCAUCGAGACCUGAAGCCGAGCAACUGCCUGAUCGACCAUCAUGGGGUUGUCAAACUUUGUGACUUUGGUCUUGCGCGGGUGCUGGGGCGGGAGAUGUCGCGCAACAGCGAGUCUCGACGAGCAGGCACCCCCGUGUACCUCGCGCCGGAGGCUCUGGCAGGUGCCCCCACCACCAACAAGGUCGACAUAUACAGCUUCGCCAUCAUCUGCUGGGAGAUGCACACGGGCGAGCAAGCGUGGUUUGCGCUCGACUACACCCACAUGGCCACCAUCGUGCUCAGAGACCAUGGAAGGCCCAUCAUCCCUCCCGACAUGUCGCGCGAGUGGAAGGAGCUUAUCGGGGUGUGCUGGGCUCAGGACCCGGGGGAUCGACCCUCCUUCACCGCCAUCAUCGUGUCGCUGACGGAGAUGGGCGCUCCGAAACCGAUCCGGCAUGGUAAGAACACGCCGUUCAAGAACGUCGAGCUUGUUUGAGCAGUUUGUACAAUUUCAUUCUUCUCUUAAAA